GCAGAAACAGCCCACGUUGAUUUGCCCGCCACCGCCUCCCAUCCCUCACCAACCUUUGUUCUUUCUGCAUCCUCCGCCUCAAAACACCCCAAUUGCAAUCAAAAUGGCUGCUGCUGCUACUCACGCCCCCCGAUGGGCCGCCAUGGCCCGCGACACAAACGAGACCAAGAUCCAGCUUGCCAUCAACCUCGACGGCGGCACAUUCCCUCCCGACACCGACUCCCGCCUCUUGAGUGAGGAUGCGGCUCACGCCUCGCAAAACUCCAAGUCGCAGACCAUAGCCGUCAAUACGGGCAUCGGUUUCCUCGACCACAUGCUCCACGCUCUUGCCAAGCACGCCGGCUGGAGUCUCGCCAUUAACUGUGUUGGCGAUCUUCACAUUGACGACCACCACACUGCCGAAGAUGUUUGCAUCGCCCUUGGCUACGCCUUCGCCAAGGCUCUCGGAGCACCCACCGGUCUCGCUCGUUUCGGUUACGCCUACGCUCCCCUCGACGAAGCGCUGUCCCGCGCCGUCAUCGAUCUUUCCAACAGACCCUACAGUGUUGUUGACCUUGGUCUUAAGCGCGAGUGGCUCGGCAAGCUUAGCUGCGAGAUGGUCCCUCACUGCCUUCAGAGCUUUGCGCAGGGUGCCCGUGUGACUCUUCAUGUCCACUGCCUGCACGGCGAUAACGACCACCACCGCGCAGAGAGUGCCUUCAAGGCUCUUGCUAUUGCUGUUCGCCAAGCUACGUCACGAGUUGCAGGCAAGGAGGGCGAGGUUCCCAGCACAAAGGGUACCUUGACUGCGUAAAGAGAUACAGAUGAGAUCAGGUGCAAGAGCGUCACUGUGUACUAUAGGAGCGAGGAAACGAAGAGUUGCGCGUGUCAUUUUGAGAUACAUGCACGUACGUACGUUGAUGGUUAGAUUUAUUAUUGAUAGACUCCCAAGUAAUAUAUAUGAUUACGAAAUGAUAACGCCAUGCUCCUGAUUUCCAAUCUAUGUUCGGUAGUCGCCGUUGAUGGUGACAUAGUCGUGACUGAAGUCGCAGGUCCAAUGCGUUGUGCUCUUAUCACCAGUUCCAAGGCGGACGAGGAUUUCAAGGUCCUCCAUGUUGAGAAUCUCGCUAGCACGAGCUUCAUCCACCUGCUCCGGCUCACCAUUGACAAGGAGCUUGAGCUCGGCAGAGCCGUCGGUAGGAAUAAACGAGACGCUGGUGCGUUCUGGAGUGAUGUCCUCUACCUCAUUCACAGGCGCAGUUGGGGGAGAGAUUAAUGCAUACCCAGCCGCACACAGAAUGCGGCCCCAGUUGGCGUCCUUGCCGUAGAGGGCCGUCUUCACCAGCGGAGACAGGGCAAUGGAUCGAGCAACCUGACGAGCACCAUCUUCAGUGGCGGCGUCAACGACGCGGAUAGUGACAAAUUUCGUAGCACCCUCUCCAUCACGAACAAUGUAUUUGGCGAGGUCGGCUGAGAAAUCGGUCAAGACGUCACGGAAUGCAGCGUAGUCGGGGGACAACUCAGAAGCCACCUCCUUACCACCUGCAGCGCCAUUGGCAAGUAAUGCCACGGUAUCAUUGGUCGAAGUAUCACCGUCAAUGGUUAGCGAAUUGAAAGAACGAUCAACAGCGUACUUGAGGAGCGGGUUCAUGAUUUUCGGUGAGAUGGGGGCGUCGGUGGCGAGGACACCAAGCAGCGUUGCCAUGUUGGGGGCAAUCAUGCCGGCGCCCUUGGUGACGCCAGCAAUGCGGUAUUCUACGCCAGGCGACGAGGGAAGCUCGAAUGAUCGGGACAUGAGCUUUGGAAACGUGUCGGUUGUGCAAAUUGCCGUAGCGCAGCUGAGCCAGUGCUUGUGUGAUUCGCCAGCCUGGUGGUAGGCCAUGGGGAUAUGGUCGACAAUCUUCUGAAUCGGCAGUCUAGCAUGUCGCGUGUCAGCUCCAAUUGGCGGGUUACAAGUUAACAAUGGCUUUCUUACCUCUGGCCGAUAACUCCCGUGCUCAUGACAAUGGACGAAUCAUCCUCUCCGGCACGCUGGUCGGCUGUUUUGGCCAUACUGGCUGCAUCUUGCAGACCGCCGGUGCCGGUAACGGCGUUGGCAUUACCAGAGUUGAUAAUGACGCUUCUGAUGCCGGCAUUGGCCUUGUUCUGGAGUAGCUUGCGGCUGAAGCUCACAGGUGCAGCCUGGAAUUUGUUCUUUGUAAAAACAGCAGCCGCAGCGCAGGGACGGUCCGACGUGACGAGAGCAAGGUCCGGUUUGCUGGUGUUGCCAGGCUUUACGCCAACGUAGACACCAGACGCAGCGAAGCCCUUGGGAUACGUUCCAGACGACGGGAUGUAUUUCAAUUUGGCCUGAGGAAUGGCUCCGCUAAUGCUAGCAGAGUAUGAUCGGGUAAACUUCAUCAUAGU